AUGCCAGAGCUGACUUCAAAGGGCUCUACCAUUUCUAAGAAAGGCUUCAAAAAUGCUGUAACUAAAACCCAGAAGAAGGAAGGGAAAAAGCGCAAGAGAUGUCGCAAAGAGAGCUAUUCAGUUUACAUCUACAAGGUGCUGAAGCAAGUUCACCCCGAUACCGGUAUCUCUUCAAAGGCCAUGAGCAUCAUGAAUUCUUUUGUCAGUGAUAUUUUCGAGCGCAUCGCGGGCGAGGCAUCGCGCCUGGCGCAUUACAACAAGCGCUUGACCAUCACGUCCCGGGAGAUCCAGACGGCCGUGCGCCUGCUGCUGCCCGGGGAGCUGGCCAAGCACGCCGUGUCUGAGGGCACCAAGGCCGUCACCAAGUACACCAGCUCCAAGUAA